GACUUGUAUUCGAGAGUUAGUGCAGGCAAAAACUUAAUAUAAAAUGUUGUUCAUAAAGUUGUCUUUUGUAUUCAUGGUUUUUUUGUUUUCUUUUGGUGAUACGGCGACUGUUCCAACUCCUUCAACUAUUCCAAUUCCUGGGCAUUGUUCGGUCAUUACGCCGCAAAUAAUCAAACUCUCGAUUUUCGAUUUGGAAGAUGUCCAAAUAAAAUCGGUUCUUUACUUGAACGUCAAUGAAAUCAAAAAUCAAACUGUCGGUCAAUUUCUCGAUUACUUGGAAAAUGUACAACAUAUCUCCUUGAGUUCACAUACUGCAUCCAUAAGAUCUUUGAAUCCACCCAAAGAUGUCUCGCCUUUUACCACUAUACCUCUAACGACACCAUUGUGCCAAGCAAUCGAUAUAUCGUAUGAUCUACUAAACGAUGAAGGACUAUACACAUUAUUUUUAGGACUGAAACUGACUCCACGAAAAGCAUUAGCGAGAAGAUUUUCGAGAGGUCUUGUCAUCGACAAUCUUACGGGUCUCUUGAAAAUGGGUACCUUAUCGCCAGUCAUCUUCGACAAGACCUAUCAGCCAGUUGAAGAUCCUCCAAAGCCAAGCGUCGUAAUCGAAAAACACAUUAUCGAAACGGUGCAUACCACAAAAUCUACAGCAUCCAGUCAAAAUGGGUUUUCCGCUGAAAUAUCAGCAUCCAUCAUAUCAGUGAAGGCGGAAUAUUCAAAAGAAAAUAGUUCCACGUCGAAAAGUUCAAUGAAAACACGGCAUGCAGUCGUCUCACUAUUUAACAAGAAAACAGGAUUGUAUGUGGACGAAAGUAAAAUAGAUGUGGACCCGUCAUUCGUCGGGAAACUUUAUUCCAUCGUUGAUGACAAAAACUUAUCAUCGUACAGGCGUACGAAACAUGUUGUCAAUUUAUUGAACCGUUACGGAUGGUACGUAACGAAUCAAUUUACUCUUGGAGGACGACUGGACGUCGUCAAAUCAUUGCAUGAAUCGAGUGCUUCGAAUGAGACGAAAGAACUGGAAGCUUUGGAAAAAAAGUUGAGUGCGGCAUUUAACGCAAGUGUGGGCACUUCUUCUAAAAAGGGUUCGAGCUCUGUUGACACGUCAUCGUAUUUUUCAUCUGAUGAACGUAUCACGUCAAUGGUAGAUCGGGCGACAGACAUAGCGUCUUUCAUGAAACAUGUGGAAAUCAAAGAAAAUUGGCGGAUCAUCGCAUUGGAUAAUAUUGUACCGACCUGCAAAUUCUUAUUAAGAAAUCACAGUAAUUUGUUUGCUGAAAUUCGACGAUUGAUCAUAAGCAACGUUCAUCAUCAAUCCAUCAAGAACCUGCAACCCCAUAUAAAUAUGUUGCGAUUGGUGAAUGAUAUAUGGGACGAAUAUGUUCAGCCUUUCUGAGCGAAUCAGAUUGGGAAAAAAUUCAAUUACACACAAUCCAACUUGUCUUAAAAUAUUUCAUAUCUUUAUUUUCAAUAAAAGAAUGCUCAGUUUAUAACUUUG